AUGGUGAAAUGGGCAGUCGAGCUCGGGCAGUUCGACAUAGAUUAUGAGUCCCGCAUAGCAAUCAAAGGGCAAGCCCUGGCAGAUUUCCUACAAGAAACUACGAGGGCCAAUGAGGUGGCAGGAUGGAGGAUAUUUGUGGAUAGUGCUUCUAACUCGAUGGGAAGUGGAGCAGGAGUCAUAUUGCACAAGAUAGGCGAGGAUGAGGAAGCAGAAUACGCGAUCAAAUUACCCUUCCGAGCUUCCAAUAAUGAAGCAGAGUAUGAGGCAGUGAUACAUGGUCUGAAACUGGCCGCGAUAGCAGGUGCGAGAAGAGUGACCAUGUUUUCAGAUUCUCAAUUAAUAGUCCAAAAGAUAAAAGGAGAAUUCGAGACCAAAGACAACAGAAUGAACAAUUAUUGCGAGAUAGCGCGAGUCCUUAUGGAGGAAUUUGACGGGGUAGACCUGAGGCGAAUUCCGAGAGAAGAGAAUACGAGAGCAGACUUCUUGGCCAAAGUAGGAAGCAUGGAUGUAGGCUGCGAAUCGCGAAAAGUUCAGAUAAUAAUAGGGGAACCAUCUUUGAGUGUCGGCCACGAAAUAUGGGGAGUGACGGAGGUACAGGAUUGGCGCGCGGAAAUAAAGAAUUAUCUGCUGGAUAGGAAUCAGGGGAGUUCGCGAGAGAUAGCAAGAUUGAGUCAACGAGCAAAGCAUUUUUGUCUCGACGGAGAUAUUCUGUAUAAAAGAGGAUACAUAAGACCGCAUCUACGAUGUCUCAGCAUACAAGAGGGCCAGUACGUAUUGCGAGAGAUCCAUGAAGGAUGUUGUGGCGAUCAUGUUGGGGGGAGGGCCCUAAUUACACGGGUUCUGAGGAGCAGGUACUUCUGGCCAACCAUGAGGAAGGACGCGAUGCAGUUUGUCCAAAAAUGCGAUAAAUGCCAAAAACACGGGCCAUUAAUCCAUGUUCCGGGAGAGGAUAUGACGAUCAUCACCGCACCACAUCCAUUCACACAGUGGGGGAUCGCUAUUGUAGGACCGCUGCCGCUCGCUAGUGGUCAAAGAAAAUUCUUGGUAGUCGCAGUAGACUACUUCAGCAAAUGGGUCGAGGCCACGGCAGUGGCCAAAAUCACAGAUACAGAAAUUAUGAAGUUCUUGUGA